AUGGACUGUCUGUGUGAAAUUGUGGGAGCUUUAAUAGCAUUGGCAGCUCUUGCAGUGAUUGUGGUGUUAGUUGUCGCUCAUGUUACUGCGGGGAAAGUGAACAUGGAACGUCACGAACAGGAGAAACACUUCCUCAACGCUGCAGGACAGAAACAGAGCUUCCCGAGCCUCAAGGACCCCUCCUCCAUCGAGCUGUCUGUGGUGGUGCCCGCUUACAAUGAGGAGCAGAGGCUGCCCGUCAUGAUGGAGGAGGCCAUGGAUUACCUCGAGCAGAGACAGAAAAAGUCUCCUUCCUUCACGUAUGAGGUCAUAGUCGUGGAUGACGGCAGCAGAGACAAAACCACACAGGUUGCCUUGCACUACACAGAGAAGUACGGGUCCGAGAAGGUGCGAGUCCUGACACUGGUGAAGAACCGAGGAAAAGGAGGUGCCGUGCGGAUGGGGACGCUGAGCUCCAGGGGCAGACUGAUCUUAAUGGCCGACGCCGACGGAGCCACAAAGUUUUGCGACAUCGAGAAAGUGGAGAAUGCUCUGAACCAGAUCGACCCCAAACCAGAGAAUAUGGCCAUUUCCUGUGGUUCUCGAGCGCAUCUGGAACAAGAGUCUGUGGCUCAGCGUUCCGUCUUCAGAACGUUCCUGAUGCUGGGGUUCCACUUCCUGGUUUGGUUCUUCUGCGUCAGAGGCGUCCGGGACACGCAGUGCGGCUUCAAACUCUUCACUCGAGAAGCGGCUCUCAAGACGUUCAGCUGUCUGCACGUGGAGCGAUGGGCCUUCGAUGUGGAGCUGCUGUACAUCGCUCAGGUGUUUCAGAUUCCUAUCGCAGAAGUCGCCGUUAACUGGACUGAAAUAGAAGGAUCCAAACUGGUCCCGUUCUGGAGCUGGCUGCAGAUGGGUCGAGACCUGGUUUUCAUUCGCCUUCGCUACGUCACAGGAGCCUGGAAACUGCAGCCGCCUCUAAAGACUGAUUAA